UUCCAAUCCCCUCCAUAUCAUGUGAUUCAGGUGUUCCAAUCCCCUCCCAAUCAUGUGAUUCAGGUGUUCCAAUCCCCUCCAUGGACACAGGUGUAUACAAUCAUGCCCCUAGGCAUGCAGACGGCUUCUACAAACAUUGGUGAAAGAAUGGGUCGCUCUCAGGAGCUCAGUGACUCCAAGCGUGGUCCCGUGAUAGGUGGCCACCUGGGCAAUAAGUCCAUCCAUGACAUUUCCUGGCUACUAAAUAUUCCACGCUCAACUGUUAGUGGGAUUAUAACAAAGUGGAAGCCACUGGGAACAACAGCCACUCAGCCA